ACUCAGCUUUAUCAUCACGAAAGUUUACUGUACAAAUCGUUUUCUCCCUUUUCUCUUUCUCUCUCUCUCAAGAUCAGUCUCAGUUUGACUCUGCCAGUUGAGGCAGUUUUAUCAACUAGUGAACUGCGAGUUUAAUAAAAAAACAAAUUUGCCAUUCUCAUUGAAUAUAAAUAAAUGAUAGGCAAACUCAUGUAUACUUACAUAAAUAGGGAAAAUACAAUUGGCUCGAGUUGUUUAACAAUAGCGUUAAAGUUUGAGUUAUGUUUUAUAAUAUUGUGAUUAAAGUGAUAUGAAGAGACAAAAUAUCCGAACUCUUUCACUGAUUGUCUCAACGUUUACCUAUUUGCUCGUUGGAGCUGCCAUUUUUGAUGCCUUUGAAUCGGAACAUGAAGUUAUCCAACGGAAUGCCCUUGAAACCAUCGAGUCAAUGUUGAAACGUAAAUACAACAUGUCGGAACAAGAUUUCAAAAUAUUGACCACAGUAGUGAUUAAAAGUGUACCUCAUAAAGCCGGAGUCCAAUGGAAGUUCGAAGGAGCCUUUUAUUUUGCUACAACAGUUUUAACAACAAUAGGUUACGGACAUUCAACUCCAGCCACGUGGGGAGGUAAAACAUUUUGCAUGUUUUAUGCCCUUGCAGGAAUACCUUUAGGAUUAGUUAUGUUUCAAAGUAUUGGUGAACGUUUAAAUACUUUUGUAGCAUAUUCAUUGCGUUAUUGUAAAAAGUGUUUCAAGAUGAAAAAAAAGGAGGUAUCUGAGACCAAUCUGGUGAUGUUUGUCCUUUUCUUAUCAACUUUAGUGAUGACCACAGGAGCUGCGGCCUUCUCCAAAUGGGAAAGAUGGAGCUAUUUUGAUGCAUUUUAUUAUUGUUUUAUAACAUUAACCACAAUCGGUUUCGGUGAUUAUGUGGCUCUUCAAAAAGAAUCAGCUCUCCAAAGCAAACCUGAAUAUGUCAUUUUUAGCCUUGUCUUUAUCUUAUUUGGCCUUUCCGUUGUUUCUGGAGGUAUCAAUUUGCUUGUAUUGCGAUUUUUAACUCUCAAUACGGAAGAUGAAAGACGUGAUGAAGCUGAAGCAGCUUUAACUGCAGCCGGUGCAGUCCAUCUAGAGGGUGACGUUAUCACAGCCAAUGGAAGCAUAAUCUCGGGUCAAGGUCCAGACAUGGUGACACCUGAUUCGGAUGAUGUUCAAUCUGUUUGUUCGUGCACUUGUUACAAUAAUCCAAGGUACAGUCGAUCUAGAUCUUGGAGAAAAUCUUCGCCACCUAAAUACUCUUUCAAUGGUCACCGUGGGUCCAAUGAGGUUGAAUCAACUGGGUACAAUGGGUCGAAUCGGUCAAGAGUGCGGCACAGGGAAGGUGCAUCACGUUUCUUACCUUUAGCAAUGUUUCGCUCCAUUUCUGGAUCAUCAGAUACUCCUGACCCCGAGUCCAUCAUUGGAUUAGACGGUAAAGUGCCACCACACAUGUUUAUAAAUGCAACUGAUUUUGAUUUAGAAAGCUAUGAAAAUUACAAGAAACGUGCCAGUAUUUGAAAGCAAGUAAGCUACGAUUUGUAAAAGGCUAAAGACAACAAACAAGAUAAUCAGCAAUUACACCGAUUAUGGCCAGGUUGACGGAUAUCGUGCUUUAUUUGGUAACCAAUGGGACCUGAAAUUGUACUCGCACUCAAACCUUUGCUUUGUAUCAACCAAGAUUGUUUUGUCUCGAGUGAAUCAAGAAUCAAAUGAAACAGAUCAAGUUGAACUGUUUUAUUCAGGGUGAAAUCUUGAGGAACGUGAAAUACAUUUUAUUAUAAACAAAUCAGUUGAAUCACAAGCUACUGACAAAAUUGUUGAAAUCAGUGAUGAGCUUGUCUGGUUAUUGAACAAACUAAACAUUGAAAAUUGGUUUGUUUCCAACAUUCUGUUGAUGUCAAGAAAAUUGAGAAAACUCUAGACAUAAGAUUGAAUUUUCACUUAAUUUUACUGAACUCAAUCGACCAACUUUUCCAUUUUUCAAAACAUUACAGUAAAUUGGCAAGCUCAAGUCUUUAAAUCAGUCAAAUUAGCAUCUCAAGUAGUGAAGAGGAUUCUCUAUGCUAUUAGAAACACUAAGUGUUGGAAUGGCGAUAUUGAUUUUUUCUAGUUUAAUUUAUAAUAAAAUGCAUUUUAUAAUUUUUUAAGAAAACUCGACUCUGAAUAAAACAGCUUAAUCUAUUUAAUUUAAUCCUCUCAGAUUCCCUCGAAAUAAAACAAUAUUCAUUGAUACUAAAGCCUGGGUUCAUCCCAAGUAAAAUGACUUUAAUAGGAUUAAAUUAUUCCAAGUCUAUUCCAACGAACAAUGUUUCCACUGAUAGAGCUGUUAUGUUAUUGUUAGACCAGUUGAGCUAUUAAAUAAUGAAAAUCCUUUUCAUAUUCAUCAUCGCCAUCUUCAUCAACAUCGUCAUCAUUAUCACCACAACCACCAAACACCAUUAACAUAAUUUUAAAUUGUGGUUUCAUUAUCGGAAACUGUUUGCUAGAUAAUUUUAACCAAUUUCAUCUCUCUUUUUUGCUCCGACUUCAACUCUUUUAUAAUUCUUCAUUCAUCUGUAAAGCUUAACCAUCAUCAGUUAAAUCACAGUUGACAACAUUAUACAAACUGACAUUUGUUAUUACAUUGGGAUACUCAUCUUUUUGAUUACAUUAAAUAAUAAAGACUAAAAUUAAACACACAAUUCAAAUGGAAA